AUGUUCGUACACCGUUAUCAGAACGAUGACAUUGUUCUGAUAACAUCUCGCAUCAACGAAGCUGAACGAAUGCUAAUCAAUUUCGACGAAGCAUGUGGAUGCAUCGGUCUUGAGCUGAAUCUGCAAAAGACGAUGUUCAUGCGCAACGCAUGGGUCUCGGAUACCCUAUUCGCGCUCAACGGAACGAACAUAUCCGAAUGCACCAGCUACGUUCAUCUGGCUGGUAGCCCACAAGCAGGCGACUCGAGUGGAGCACAAGAGAAUGAAAAACAGUGCUAUCCGCUAGAUCGAUAA